AUGAUGAACAUGAGCCGGGGGCCCCGCAAGCUCCCUGCGCCUGGACCCUCCAUCUCCAUCAGCCCCAGCGGGGUGAUCGCCCCGGGGGGAGCCGUGACCAUCCGCUGUCAGUGUCGGUGCGAGGCCAGGAGGUUAUUUCUGUAUAAAGAUGGAAUCGAAAUCUGGGAGCUAGACGCUGCUGGGGACGGGGGUGAAUUCACCAUCCCCAGCGCCAGACGGGAAGACGGAGGGAUCUACAGCUGCCGAUCUCGCUCCAGAUCGGAGCCGCCCAACUGGUGGUAUCCCAGUGAUGUUGUGCGGAUCAUUGUUGCAGAGCUCAGAUACCCCAAACCCUGGAACCUAAUGAUGGCAGUCGCGAUGGCAGCGCCGUUACGUCUUCCGCUGCUGAUCCCUUCAGGGGGGCCUGGUUCUCCCAACGAUCUCAAAGCACCUCUCCAGCCAACGCCCCCCUCCCCCACCCGCUGCCAUCUCUCCACCCACAUGAUUGCUACGUAGAAAUGAGCUGGAGGGAAAUCCCCAAGACAGGGGCAGGACCCGGAGGAGAGGGGGGCUGCGGGAUCUGGGCCAAGCGGACUUCACAGGGUACAUGGGGCCUGGGGUACAUCCCCUCCCACACCCUGCCCCCACCCCAGUAUAGUCCUGUGCCAUUGGCAGCGAACCACACCGAUCAUUACUACCCAGAAUCCCCUCUGCUCCUGCUGCGGGUCCCUGGGUCCUUGAGGGGGAGGGGCUGGGGGCAGCAGGUAACGAACCAGCCGCUCACAGCCUGGUGCUGCUUCCCAGGGGGAUCCGAACCGCCGGCACCUCUGGAUCUGACCCACCCCCAUCAUCGCGGGGGAGAACGCAGCCGCCUCCUCCUGGCCUUCCUCGGCUACAGACGAACCCGAGGCAGUGACUGCCCUGCUGUCACAGGGUCUCCGCCCUCCCGAGCCUGGUUCAAUAAAGAG